ACAGGAGCUUCCGCUCUCAUCACUGAACACAUGAAGCACAAUAUGGCACCUGCCAGCCGGACUGUUGUUGUGCUAGUGCUUUCCCUUCUUUACUUGUGUCGAGCAAUCUUUUCCACCGAAUAUUUCUCUACGCUUACUUUUUUCAAUAGUGAACUGCACAAACAUGGAUGCAGUUCGCCUUCGGAGUGGGAGGAAUACGCCGCCGACUGCGAAUCCUCCAUUUUGCAAUUGGAAGACCCAGACUGUGAAGAAGGGAGCAACCCUCCCUGUGAAUCGGUCUUCUCGCUCAAUGCAGAGAAGAUUCUGAGCCAGGCCAAGUUGUUCAUAGAACAGAAAAAAAUACCUUUCCCUGUGGAUAACCACAACACAAACGAAGAGCUUGCUAUAGGGUACGUGCUGAUCGGCAACGGCCUCUACGACGAAGCCAUCAAACACUUUUCCCUCUUGCUACAGGGAGAACCAGAGUUGGUCAGUGCCAUCUAUGGCAGAGGCAUAGCAUAUGGAAAGAAGAGUCUUCAGGACAUCAAGAAUGCAGACCUGGCCUUGUUCGAGCUCAGCCGGGUCGUCACGCUGGAGCCCAACUGGCCCGAGGUCUACGAGCAGAGAGCAGAGAUCCUAUCUCCGCUGGGCCGUAUCAGCGAGGCCCUGGGUGACCUGACCAAGGCCAUUCAGCUGCAGCCCUCAGCGCGCCUCUACAGACACAGGGGGACCCUGCUCUUCAUAUCAGAGGAUUACGUGGCCGCUAUGGAGGACUUCCAACAGUCUCUGGACCUGAAGAAGAACCAGCCCAUUGCCAUGCUGUACAAGGGCCUCACUUUCUUCCAUAGAGGCAUGCUAAAGGAAGCCAUAGAAACGUUCAAAGAGGCUCUGAAGCUCAAGUCUGACUUCAUAGAUGCCUAUAAGAGCCUGGGGCAGGCGUACAGAGAGCUUGGGGACUUUGAGGCGGCGAUGGAGAGCUUCCAGAAGGCCCUGAUGCUGAACCAGAACCACAUCCAGUCCCUGCAGCUGCGCGGUAUGAUGCUCUACCAUCAUGGCUCGCUGCGGGAAGCCAUCGGCAACUUCAAGCGGUGCCUUCAGCUGGAGCCCUACAACGAGGUGUGCCAAUACAUGAAGGGCCUCAGUCAGGUGGCCAUGGGCCAGUUCUACGAGGGUAUCAAGGCCCAGACCAAGGUCAUGCUCAACGACCCCCUGCUGGGCCAGAAGGCCAGCUCUGAAUACCUCAAAGUGAAAUACCUCAGAGAGUAUUCUCGUUACCUGCACUCCCACCUGGACGUCUCGGUGGCCGAGUACAACGUGGACCAGGACCUCCCGGGGAACUUCAAGAACCACUGGGCCAAGAACCUGCCCUUCCUCAUCGAGGAUUAUGAGGAGCAGCCGGGCCUGCAGCCGCACAUCAAGGACGUCCUACCUCAACACUUUGAAAGCUACAGCAACGAGGUGCAGAAGCUCAUCUGCACCGCGGACCACCUCGGGGCGCUCAUGCAGUACAACACGCCGGGCUUCCUGCCCAACCGGAGAAUACACAGAGCCAUGGGCCUAGCGACCCUGGAGGUGAUGCAGGCCAUGCACCGAACGUGGAGCAACUCCAAGGUCCGGGUGAACGGCAAGACGCGGCAGAUGCAGUGGCGGGACAUGUUCGACAUAGCCGUCAAGUGGAGGAGGAUUGCAGAUCCAGACCAGCCAGUUCUGUGGCUAGACCAGAUGCCAGCCAGGAGUCUCAGUCGAGGCUUUAAUAAUCACAUCAACCUCAUAAGAGGACAGAUCAUAAACAUCAGGUAUCUAGCCUACUUUGACAACAUCCUUGACUUCAUUAAGGAUCGGAUACUAGUGUACCACGGAGCCUACAAUCCCAGGGGACUGGUAGAGGUCCGACAAGCUCUGGAGAACGUGAACAAAGUGGAGGACCUGCUUCCUAUAAUGAAGCAGUUCAAUAGUAAAACCAGAGAUGGAUUUACGGUCAACUCCAAAGUAACCAGCAUGAAGGAUCCGGGGAAAGAGUACGACGGCUUCACCAUCACCAUCACGGGAGACAGGGUGGGCAACAUGCUGUUCUCGGUGGAGACCCAGACCACGGAGCAGCGGACUCAACAGUACCAGUCGGAGAUCGAGUCCAUCUACAAGGACCUCACGGCCAAGGGGAAAACCCUCAUGCUGUCCACCGAACUCGGUGACGCAGACGCAGUGUGCAACCUGAUACUGUCCCUGGUGUACUACUUCUGUAACCUCAUGCCGCUGUCCCGUGGAUCCAGCGUGGUGGCCUACUCCGUGGUGAUGGGGGCGCUGAUGGCCAGUGGGAAAGAGGUGGUCGGGAGGAUCCCCAAAGGAAAGCUGGUGGAUUUCGAGGCCAUGACCACCCCCAGUCCGGACGGCUUCAGCAAAACAGCCAAGAGCUGGAUGAAUCUUAAAAGCUUGCCAAGCUGGUACCAGAGUCUUCCGUCGGUAGCGGAGACUUUCCCGUCCAGUAGGACGAUGAUAGAGGUGCUGAACACGGACGCCACAACGCACUGUCCCAAGAAGUCCUAGCCCGGGUUCAGGACUCCACUCUCUCCCUCUCUUUCCCUCCCUCUGUCCAUCUCCGAGAAGAACAACCACCUGCAGCUCUGGUGCAGAACACACAAGGGGAGGGGGAGGGAGGGAGGGAGGGAGGGAGGGAGGGAGGGUGUCAUUUGGUGCUUCCUAGGCCGUGCCUGGGACUUCAGGAGACAAAUACUUGUUCAUGUCGGGGUUGUAAUCCACCGCUUACACAGGCGUGCACACACACAUACACACAGACAAACAAACACACACACACACCACUUCGCCAAAAGUUACAAUACAGGAUGAAAGUUUUCCUUAUGCAGUUCAAUCGUGUGUUUGGCUGUUAAGGGGCAUGCAAGAGUUGAAACAUCAUCGGUGCAUUUUUAUUUUAUUUCUUUCUCUCUCUGUUCCUUUUGGGGGCCCAGACACACGAUGCAGUAGGCAGCCCUCCAUACUUUACUGUUCCACACUCCAACCUAGAGCACAAUGGCAAGGGGGUUAUGGCAAACAAAACUCUUUUGUCCCUUUGGGAUGUAGUGGGCAGGCUUAACCCUCAAGCCCUUCUGUCUCUCUCUCUGUCGCUCUCUCGCUGUCUCUCUGUCUCUCUCUCUGUCCCUCUGUGUCUGUUUUCAUCCAGACGCACACAACUCUCUGUUAAACAUUACAUAUGACUUCACAAGCCAACCCUCUUAAGUUGCAUGGCCAAGACUGACAUUGACACUUCUUGGCAUAUGCUAUAAUACUAUUUAACGUCCGCUAUGGAACAAUUUCUCUGCAGCCGUGGCUAUAAUUUAAUUGAGGGUCAUUCAAUCAUCAGUCUCUCUUAACACAAUUAUUGGUCUGGAAAAACAACACCUCUACCUCACUUGUGUCCUGCGUGAUGCCAAAAGCGAGGGCUGUAGUGAAAUUGUGCAGUUGUCGCAGGUUAAGGUUAAAAACCUCCUUAAGUUGGACUCAUUAAAUUUAAGCUAUUUGUAUGCAUCA